AUGGCCGCACCUGCUUCAAAGCGUCCGCGAUUGUCGAGAGAUCAAGCCCUGGCAGAUGAUGCCUCAAAUGAGCCUGUCAGCCAAGCAUUGCUCAAUGCCUCACGUUUCGCCAAUAGCGUAGCACCUCCGCCAUCGCACAACGUCGUAUGGGCUGCGAAUGUGCCGGUUGUAUGCGCACCUACACCUGGCGGAGUGGCGGUCGUCAACGCCAUCACAUCCAAGUCCUGCCAGCUGCGACCCGCUCAUUUCGACCUCGCACAGCACCGGCAGCGACGCCUACCCAAGCCCAACCUUGUCAGUUUGAGCUGCAGUGGCACUACUCUGCUGGCCUCGUUUGCCGCACCACAUGAUGAGGUCCCAGGCGCCCCGAUUGCUGAAGAGACAAUCAAUCUCGAGCCUCGAGCUCGAAUGGUUAAGAGCAGGACUUUCUGCUGGGUGCGCUCAGGCAGAGACCCGUGGAACCGGUGGAAGGAGGUGGCUUUGCCGGUCGAGGUGCGAGAUGGAGGAUCAGAGAUGGUUCACGCUUCAUGGUGCGGUCAGAAGGCUGAUGUGAGUGCUUCGGAUGCGCCUCUUUUCGACGUCCGUCACCGAGCUCAGUGACGACCCCACGCAUCAAAUAGUGGAGACUUGCUCCAGGGCUUGGAGAUCCCUUGUCAUUUGCAGAAGGCGGCUCAAGCAAUCAUGGCCCAAGACGCGUUUUUGUGCAAACAGCAGCGGCUGGACCCACACCUACCGCGCCAGGCUCGGAGGCAGCCAUACUCGUAAAUGCGAGGGGAGAUGUACGUGGUUACUGCUUGCGAGACGCGCGCGAUGCCAAAGACUCCACUGACCCUCGCUGCCCAUGCGCAUGAUCCAGGUAUUCGUGUUGCGUCGCGCCUUCAGCAAGUCGCCCUUUCAGCUUUGGCGGAGCACCCUGCUGAGCUCGACCAUUACUUUGCGGUCUAGUGGGGAGACUCUCUUCGAGACAACUCUAGGUGAUGAGGAACACUUUGUCCAUCAUCGCAUCGACCAGAUCGCCGCGUGUCCGGUGCCGGGGGGUGGGUAAUCGGCUUUCAUCUGCUUCUCUUGCUAUCACAACCUAAUUUCAUGUCCUUCUUCUCCUCUAGAGCCAACUUUGAUGUUGGCUUUCAGCCUCAGAGCUACGUCGCAAGGGCUUGACAGCGGUAGUGGGAGCCACGACGUCACGCCGGACCCGCUCGCAACCUCACCAAACAACGCGGCAGCAGCAGCGCUCUUAGCUCAAGCUCAAAUCUCGACCACACCGAAUGCCGGAAGAACGCCUGGCACCUUGGUCGGAACAGCGACGAGCAUUGGAGCGACACAUGUGCUGGAUGAUAGCUUACGUGGAUGGGUUCAUUUGCGAGAAAUUAGAGUCGGUCUGGAAGGUGUUCACAGCGAACCCUUCAUCAGCACUCGAACGCUGGAGCCUAUAUCACUCGCUCCUAGCGACGGCGCUCGACCGCUGUCGAGACCAAGGCACCUUCAAUGGCACGUGCCAUACCCAUCUCCCGGCUCAAAUGUCUCUGCAUCCUUGCGCCUGUUUGCUGGAUAUUCUGGAGACUCUGAUCCCCUUCAUACGACGCUCAGCAGCGCCUCGAUUCGGUCGUGGCGUGUCGAACGGACAUCUUCUCAGCUCGUGGACGCAUUCAACUCGUUAGAAUGCAAGAAGUCAGAGCUCCCUCCACCCACUUUGGAUUGGUCUGCCACAUCGUCGGUGUCUUGCGAGCUUGGCGCAGUAAAGCUGGAGGGCAUGGCCACAAGCCUGUCUGUCAAUACGCUCCGCAUUUGCACUUCGAAUCCGUUCGACGUAGACGCGCAGAAGACGGUCUCAGAAAGCCGGCUAUAUUAUGCGUGCGUAACAAUGCUGAUGAUUGUCACGUUUUAGCGGCUGAAAACCUCAUUCUGCUUCGUCGCAGGGACACUUUGGAGCCUGUAGAAGGUACGCUGCACCGCUUGCCCCCCGGCGCGAGGUACUUGGGUGAGUCAUGAUGACCAUCGGUGUCGAGCGCCUGAAUGCUGCUCAUCUCGCGCUUGUAAACGUGUGGCAGCUGCCUCUUCAAACGAGUGCUUAGGGGCGUCUCUUGAUGGCCGUGGGCCGGAACCACGGUUGUGCAUCUUCUCGAUGCGUCGGCACGAAGAAAGCCAAGAAGACGUUCAGGCGAACUCAUCUUUGGCGCAACUUCUCGCACUGUCCAUCUUGAGAGGAACGGACGCAAGCGAUCUUGUCAAGGCUCAUCUCGCUUGCUCUACUAAAGGUACGUCGUUUGUGGAUUUUGCGCGAAGCAGCAGCGGUGCUCACUUCUGUCGCAUCUUUGUGCUCGAUCUAGAACACCUCCGUAGCAUAAUUGCUAGUGCAGGACAAAUCCUAGGUGUCCAGCGUCCCGACUUAUGGCAACUGCUCAGACUGCUGCAUCUCAACGCGUCGGUGUGGCCCAAUGGCGCUACCCAGCCUCGUACAGUCCUGCGCUUGAGUCGCGUCUGCGAUGCGCUGUGUCGAGCUGAAAGUCGGGAAGAGCAAAACUCGAGCUUUGCCCUGAGUGAGUCAGAGGUGCACUUCCGGGACCAAUGGGUGUUACUAUCGCUAAUCUGCGAUGUCACACAGACCCAAUCAGGAAACUUGUGGACCACGUGGAGUGGCUUCUCAGCACACUCAAUGCUCUCGCGCGCGGAGCUCUGCUUCUUGAUGCUGCCGAGGCUCUGUCCACACCGCCCUCGAGUGUGGACGAUGACACGACUGAAAUUUCCGGAAAGGGAAAUGUCUGCCGCGAUGCAUCGGCUUUGCUCGGUCUCUUUAUCCUCGAGGUGCCCCGACGGCUCCUUUGCCAAGCUUUGCAGUUCUCUUUGAGACUCAUGCAUUGGCUGGACCGAUCGAAGCAUGGCCGGCGACGCCAAGGAGAGACUGCUAAGGUCAAGGACAUUGCGCCUGGUGGGGAUGAAGAAGCAAGAUUCGAAGUGCUUGAUCUGGCGCACCGUCGCCUCUUGAACGCUGCUGCAAAGUCUUCGGUCAACCCGGAUCGCGCUUUGGAGAUUUUCCAAUCCUUCACUUGCGACGCUGCACUUUCACGUAAGUCUUGUGCAGCAGGCACGUCUUUGCUAGGGUGCUUCGCUGACACAGUCACUUGACCGAUCGCAGAUGAGCAGUGGUGGGCAGAUCCGGGCCUGUUGAGCGCGUCGAGCUCCGCUGCGGGAAAGGCAGCGACGUUGACGCUUGCUAGAUCGCUUCUUAGAGGCGCAUCGAGUGCGCACGACGAUUCGAGCGCCAAGCUGGAAGCUUCAGGCGCGCCAGACAUGCAGACUGGCUGCGUCGCCAAUCGUUUGUCAUUGCUCAUAUCUCCCUGCGACUUUCUGACAGAGCAGACAGCGUUAGGACCAACAGCAGAUUUUGAGUGGCACACCCUCUCCGCUUCUAAGGCCGACUUCUCGUCCUCAGUCGGCGCUCAACUACGCUGGGCAUGA